AUGCUCGACGACAGCUUCCCGACGUACCGCCUGGCCUCCACCAAGGAAGAUCCGCUGCAGACGACGCUCUUCUACACCUACAACGGCUCGGAUCCCUCCCGCGCCUACACCCUCCAGAGACCCGCGCCCUCGUCCUCGGCCAACCAGUAUGCCGUCGCCCUCUUCGACGCCCAGCACCAGUCCGUCAUCUACGGCGAGGUGCUGGUGAAGCCCGAGAUGCAGCAGCCCAGCCUCUCGGCCGCCGAGCUCCGCAACCAGAGCGGCUCUCCGCCCAACGUGCCCAUCACGCCAGACUCCUUCUCCGUGCUGCUGUACAACCCGGACCAGAGCAUCGCCGUCAAUCGCAACGCCGGCGGCUGGAACCGCACUGACUCGUGGGGCUUUGAGAUCCCCGAGCGCACCUUUAAGCUGCCGAGUGCGAGCAAGCUGGACCAGGAGACGGGCAGCAACGAGGUGUCGGACCUGUCGCCCAAGAUUCUGUUCCACUGGAAGCGGGAUGGACGGCUGAACAAGGACAUGACGUGCUACAUGUCGGGCAAGAGCGUGGGCGGCAAGAAGAGCAAGGAGCCGGACAUCACGGUGGCCAUGUAUCGCAGCGAGAAGCAGGGCGAUGCGCUGAGCAUCUACGAGCCCAACAUGGCGCGCGUCGAGGUCGAGGACCGCAAGGGCCUGGAAGUUGUGCUGCUACUGAGCGCGGUUGUCGUCCGAGACUUGCACUUUGCGCCUCGGCAGAAUCCCUUCAACAUCGCCAGCGUGGGCAUGGCUCCGGCGGCUGGUGCAAGGAGAGGCUCACGGCCUUUGGCACCGCCGCCCAGCGACCCAACGCUUGUGUCGGGCGCAUUGGGUAACGUUCCACCCCCGGCGAGACCGCCGCCGAACAGUAGUGCGGCGAAGCAGGCCGAGAUUGCAGCAGAGACGCGGCGGCUACAGGCAAUGGUGGCCGAGGAAGAGCGACAGCGUCGGGAGCGCCUUGUGCGACAAGAGGAGGAACAGACGAGGCGGAUGCUGCAGCGGGAGCAGGAAGAAGAGGCGCAACGGCGGCGGCGGCAAGCCGAGGUCGACGCCGAGACGGAGCGUCUGCGUCGAGAGUACGGCGUGCAGGGCCAAUGGCCGCCGCCGCAGCCCUCUUCCUCACAGCGGCCCUCUGAAGCGACAAACGCAGGGGCGACGAUGUCUGGAGCGUUGGGAGCGUUGGGCACUCGCUUGUAUGGCCCGCCUGUCGUCAACAAUCUCCAGCCUCCACCGCCGCCGCGACCGAGCAGCGCAGGGCCGGGACCAUCUACACAGGCACAGCAGCCGCAGAGAAAUGGCCGCAAUAAGCUGUCUCCGCCAGUGCCCGGGGGGUCUUCGGGGCCUUAUGCUGGGCCGUCGGGUGCGCGGGCGAGUGCGCUGAGUUUCUUUGGAGGGGGGAAGAGUGAUGAGGAGAAGAGGAAGAAGAUGAAGAAGAAGCAGAGCGUGCAUUUCUAG